UUCGAUUUUCCCGUUUCCGGUUUGAAAUUUCGAAGAGAGGGGAACUGUUAUCACUCUGAUAACGUCACCGACUCUCUCACUCGAUUCCGACAAGUUUCAAGUUUUCACAAUAAUUUUCACUCCUAUAUAACAUUCUAAGUUUCGAAAAAUCACUCGCAAAUCUCCUCCUAAAUAUCCUGUUCUACAUUUCAACCCGGUGACCGAGAAAUACCGGCGAAAUGACACCAGCUCCGAACGUACUGGACACUGUAUUCAACUUCAUAGAUGCUAACAAGAGUAAAUUCAUCGAUAAUCUCACUGCAGCUGUGGCUAUCCCAUCCGUAUCUAGUGUACCGGAACAUAGACCAGAUGUUAUCAAAAUGAUCCACUGGGCAGCCGAUCGACUAACCGCUCUAAACGCUACUGUGGAAAUAUGCGACAACGGAUUCCAAACUCUGGCCGAUAAUACUAAAAUUCAAUUACCGCCGAUAAUUCUAGCAUCUCUGGGAAAUGAUUCGAAUAAACCUACGAUCUGCGUGUAUGGUCAUUUAGACGUACAACCAGCUUCCGUAUCAGAUGGUUGGCACACUGAUCCUUUCGUAUUAACUUUGAAAGACGAUAAACUCUACGGUCGUGGCAGUACAGACGAUAAAGGACCGGCUAUAUCGUGGUUACAUGUCGUAGAAGCGUAUCAGAAAACGAAUACCGAAUUACCAAUCAAUGUUAAGUUUUGUUUCGAAGGUAUGGAAGAGUCUGGAAGUGAUGGUUUAGAUGAAUUGAUCAUUUCGAGGAAGGAUACUUUUUUCAAAGAUGUUGAUUACGUGUGUAUAUCCGAUACGUAUUGGCUGGGUACGUCUAAACCGUGUAUCGGAUUUGGUCUUCGUGGUAUGGUUUGUUUCACGAUCGAGAUUACUUGCGCUUCGAAGGAUCUUCACAGUGGAAGUUACGGCGGAUCUAUUAACGAAGCUAUGACUGAUUUGAUCGCUAUGCUCGAUACGUUGCUAGAUAAAGACGGAAAGAUUCUAGUACCAGGUAUUUACGAUGACGUCGAACCGCUCACCGAUGAAGAAAAAUCCCUCUAUGCUAAAGCUGAUUUCGACAAAGAAGCUUACAGAUCGGAAAUUGGUACUUCUCAACUAAUACACGAUAAAAAAGAAGAGGUUCUGAUGUCUAGAUGGCGUUACCCAUGUUUAUCUAUCCACGGUAUAGAAGGUGCUUUCGGCGAAUCAGGAUGGAAAAGUAUUAUACCAGGAAAAGUAAUCGGUAAAUUUUCCAUUCGUAUUGUUCCGAAUCAAACUGCCGAUAAAAUUGGAGAGAUCGUAGUCGACUAUAUUAAAAACAAAUGGAAAUUAAGAGGCAGUGCGAACAUUAUGAAGGUUGAAGCUGGCGAUGGAGCUUGCCCUUGGAAAAGCGACCCAAAUCAUGAGCAUUAUAACGCUGCCAAAAGAGCCACCGUGUUGGCCUACGGUGUUGAGCCAGAUUAUAACCGAGAAGGUGGCUCGAUACCGGUUACGUUAACUUUCGAAAAUGUCUUGGGUAAAAAUGUCCUCCUACUGCCUAUGGGUCGAUGCGACGAUGGUGCUCAUUCCCAAAAUGAAAAACUAGAUGUUUCUAAUUACAUUCAAGGAACCAAAUUGAUGGCAGCCUAUUUCUACGAAGCCGGACAACUUCCAAAAACAACAUCAUGAGCGAUGAUUUUACCUAUAUUAUUCGUUUGUAAAUUAUAAUUAUACUUUUGAAAUUCAUUAUCCAAUAUGCUAUCGACUGAUGAGUUAAAUUCAUAAAUAGAAAUAAACAAACAUUACGAACUCUCAGAUUACAUUGUUUUGUAUAUUUGUGAUAUUAUAAUAAUCAUAUCGUGCUUAUUUGCAAUACAUAUAAUUUAAGUAAAUUAUGUGUCGCGUUUCAUAUUCAUCGAAUAAACGUUAACUUUAUCACUGUUUCGA